AUAUCCCCACCAAUACAUUGCUCCUCUUUCCUCUCUAUUAUCACUCAAAUUCCUUCUUUUACCUUACUGAAUUCACUUCAGAUCUUUCAAAUUCUUGUUGGCACCUUUUGAUUUUCAAUUUCAAACGAACUGAUGGCAGAGGAGGAGUCGAAGAAGGUGGCCGAGGAGGAGCCGAAGAAGGUCGCUGAGGAGGAGCCCAAAAAGGUGGAAUCGGAGCCUCCGCCUCCUCCAGCUCCGGCAUCAGAACCAAUUGAAUCGCCAAAGGACGUGGCGGAGGAGAAAUCCGUAAUUCCUGCUCCUCUACCUCCGGCUGAGAAGCCGGCCGAUGAGUCAAAGGCACUUGCGGUAGUCGAAAAGGCUUCUAAACCUGUCGAGGUGAAAGCUGCUGAGGGUUCUGUGAAUCGAGAUGCCGUGCUUGCGAGGGUUGAAACCGAGAAGAGGAUGUCACUAAUCAAAGCAUGGGAGGAGAGUGAAAAGUGCAAAGCUGAGAACAAAGCUCAUAAAAAGAUAUCUUCCAUUGAGGCUUGGGAGAAUAGUAGGAAAGCAGCAGUGGAGGCCGAACUUAAGCAAAUCGAGGAAAAACUUGAGAAGAAAAAGGCAGAGUAUGUGGAGAAAAUGAAAAACAAAAUAGCUCUAAUCCACAAGGCAGCUGAAGAAAAGAGAGCUAUGAUCGAAGCUAAACGAGGGGAAGAUCUUAUCAAGGCAGAGGAGAUAGCUGCAAAGUAUCGAGCCACUGGAACCGCGCCAAAGAAGAUCAUUGGUUGUUUAGGGUAAAAUUUUUAGGGUUGAUUGAAUGAUUGAAUUGCCUUAGUUUCAUAAUUUAUUGUUUAAAGCUUUAUUUGAUAUUACAUGGUUUGUUUCUUUGCAUGGAGAGGGUUGAUGAUUGUUUAAUUGUUAUGGUGUGCCUGUUAUGUAUUUGUGUCAGUGUGUAUAUAUAUCAUUUGAAGGUAAAGUGUAGAAAAGUACACUACUGAACUCUUGAGAACACUUUCUGUGUAUAUUUUGUAUGGUGAAUGAUAAUCUAUUUAUGGGCUCGCAUUGAACUUGGA